AUGCCUUCCUUUUGUAACGUAUUAUUCUUCUCAACUUCCAAAAAGCUUCGAAGAGAGUUUUUGACGAACACUGACGAAGAGACCGAAAAAGAAAUUUUCUUGUUUUUUGUGCGCGACCUAAAUUUCAACCUCAAUAAUAAAAGCAAGAAGAGACUUUGGACCGACCUUUGCUUCUCACUCCUCUUCCUUCAUAAAAACUUAAGUGACUGGCCGAUUCUUCUUCUUCUUGUUGACUUCUUCCUCUCUGUCUGUCUGUCUGUCUGUCUGUUGUGCGCAGAUAUACGACUCAAACGAGAGCGACAGAAAAAGACUGAAUCGUCGUCUAUCGUUUACGUCGUCAUGCCGCAACUGUUGACGCCUCGUCACCGGUUGCGACGGAAAUCCUCUUUUUUGAAGAGACAGAGACGCAGGCAGUUUUUUCUCCUGAUGCUCGUGGCUAUUGGAAUUUGGAAUUUCCUUCCUGGUUUUUUACACGUGUUCACGGGAAUGUAUAAAGCGCACGGACGAAGAUAUUUCGGGGGGUACAUAAAAAGGCCAACACCGUGUAAAGCUGAACAGUUAGCGCCGGAGUAUUUACUCGAUAAACCAAAGAUAUUACCAAACUUGGACGAUCCCGAUUUAUCUAAUUUGCCAGGCCAACGAGUGCACCAUCCAAAAGUUGGUAUUAUUGUUAUUUGCGACGGGAACGUGCACUCGAUUUGCGCGAGUUCUGUCGCGAAUAAGCAAGCGUACGCGGAUAGACACGGAUACGACAUGAUAUAUGACGAAAAAAUAGUAGACUCGAGUCGUCCGGCGUCUUGGAGUAAGUUAUUAGCCAUGCGAAAGUAUCUACCAAAGUAUGACUUUUUGUUAUACUUGGACGUGGAUACGGUUAUAGUAAACUUUGACGUGCAAUUAGAAGACAUCGUCGAUUACGAGUACGAUCAAAUAUUAGCGGCAGAUAGAAACGGUUUGAAUUGUGGAGUGUGGAUGAUCAGAAAUACCGAGUGGAGCUUGUGGUUCUUGGACGAAAUGUGGUCCCAAUCGCAACUCGUCGGCGCCGCGCCGUGGCAAAUGCUAUUUCACUUUGAGCAAAGGGCGUUUCAUUAUUUGUACCAGACGAACAUAUGGAGGCAAAAAGUUGGAGGCGAACAGUUCGAGAAAGCGAACACGGUGAGAGCGAGGACUAAAGUUGUCAACGCGUGCGUGUUUAAUUCUCAACUGGCGUUUUACGAGGAUGGAGAUUUCUUAAUUCACUUGGCAGGUUUGAAAGGCGUGUACAAGUGCUUGACGUUUCGGAGGUACUAUAAAAACGCGUUGAAUAGUUUAGAAAAAUACGGGAGCUUAUCAGUCGAAGCGGAUGAACUACCGCCGAGUUUACGCGAGUGCUUCUUCGGAAACACCUGA